AUGGGGAACAUUUUCAGUUCGAUGUUUGGCAAGCUCUGGGGGGCCAACAAGGAGAUCAGGAUUCUUAUUCUAGGGCUAGAUGGUGCAGGGAAAACCACCAUAUUGUAUAAGUUGCAGCUGGGAGAAGUAGUCAAGACAAAGCCUACGAUUGGGUUCAAUGUGGAGACAUUGCAGUACAAGAACAUAUCCAUCAACAUGUGGGACUUGGGAGGACAGACGUCGAUUCGCCCCUACUGGAGGUGCUACUAUGCCAACACUGCUGCUGUCAUCUUUGUGGUGGACUCCACCGACAGAGACCGUCUCGAGACGGCCAGAAAGGAGUUGCACCUUAUGCUCAAGGAGGACGAGCUCGUUGACAGUGCCCUUCUAGUGUUUGCCAACAAACAGGACCAGCCGGGUGCUCUCACGGCGGCAGAGGUCUCCAAGGCGCUAGGCUUGGUGGAGUUGAAGGACCGCAGCUGGAGCAUUGUGGCGAGCUCUGCAAUCAAGGGGGAAGGCUUGACAGAAGGGUUAGAUUGGCUCAUUGAUGUCAUUCAGGAGGAGCAGAUGUAA